UGUUAAAAAAAAAACCUCAUAAAGUGAAAUUUUCAUGCCAUGGGACUUUUUAAUAAAAAAACUAAAAAUACAAUUGUGAGCUCUUCUGUCAAAGGGAUGCUUGUUUGUCCUCAUUAUAAACUGAUAGCUUUUGUUUUGGCAGUUGGUUUCCUAGGAGUUUUAACCUAAUGUAGGGUUCUCACUUGUUACUGCUCUUGAUUUGCUAGAGUUAAGGGAUUAAUCAAAAGUAAUGAAUACAGUAAUUGAAAGGAAAAGUAGUCACAGCUCUACUCUCAUUCAGAGUAUUCACAGUAGAGGUUAGCAGCAUUUAAAUACCUGUUUUUUCUUUGUGUUUCAAUAACUUCAGCUUUUUUAUUUAUUUUUUUGUGAAAGAUUUGUCAGAUUUAAUUUACGUUUAGUUAAUUCACAAUAAUCAAUACAAUGCCGUUAAGAUAUAAUUAUUUUCAAGCAAAAAUGUUAAACUGUAAAAUGACUUUUGAGCUCUGUGUAUGUUAUGGCACCGAAAAUAUACUUGUUUUUCGUUUGUUAUUGCAAUUAAAUAACAUUUGCAAUCGAAGCAACUUUUAAGGGUUUUAUUUUGAAAUAAAGCUUUACCUUUUAUUCUACUUUCAUUUCCGGAAUCGAUGGCGCUAACCAGAGUCCGUCUACGGGUUAGAAAUACUCACUUAUCAGAAAUUCUCUGGCGCUAACGCUCCUGUUGUUAAUCGCCGUUCUCUUUAUACAUCCGGGAUUUCUUAACGCUGUUGCAAGAGUCGGCGGAGGUAGAAAUGUCAGAAAAGUUAGUGUUUUACUCAGAAACAAAGUCCAUCAUGGAGACCGUCGUUAAGACCGCUCUUGUUGUCGGAAAUUCAAAAGAACAAUCCACGAAGACGCCACAUGUAAGCCGUGAGCCGGACUUUGACAGCCUUGUGGAAAUGUUGACUCGGGAGGCAACGAGAAAGAUCAGUGCCGUUUUCUCUGAACUGUCCUCAAUGCUGCACAACGAAAACAAUACUCUGAAGAUCAAAGUUUGGCAUCUGGAGAGCGUGCUGAAGACUACGACUGAAAACUUUGAAAAUGCCAGGAAGUGGAGAGAAAAUGUCCUGAAUGGCUGCCCGGUCCUGUUUGAGCAGAGCGGGUUGAUCUACACCCUGAAGCCUUUUGGGAAGUUAAAAAAAAAGACAGAUACGUUACCAGAGGGAGUCGCACAAACAGCCCCUGCUGCUGAGAUGGAGAGUGGACGUGAUGCUGACACUGCAGAUGAUUGUACCACAACAAACACGGCAGAAUCCAAAAACACAGACAGCCAAAACACACGGGAAGCAGAAGUCCCAAGGAAAGGGAAGUUGUUUGUAUGUCAUGUGUGUAACAAGAGCUUCAACCGGCAGUUUCACCUGACGAAGCACAUGAACACUCACAAAGACCAGAGGCCUUUUGCCUGUGACCAGUGCCCGAGAAAAUUCAGGAACACGGCGACUUUUGAGUACCACCUGCUGCGGCACGAGGAGAAGAAGUACGCUACCUUCAAGUGCCAGCUCUGCGAGAAGACGUUCAAAACAAAAAUGUGCCUGAAGACUCACCAGCUCGCGCACACAGACACGAGGCCGUUCACCUGCUCCACCUGUGGGAAGGCCUUCAAAACUAAAAACAACCUGCAGGCUCACCAGGUCGUACACAGUGUCGAAAAGCCGCACAAAUGCUCCGAGUGCGGGGAGAGUUUCCGGUACGCGUUCACGCUGCAGUGCCAUAAAAGCACACACACUGGCGAAAAUCCUUACAAAUGCACGGUGUGUGGCAAAGCUUUUCUAAAGAGGAGGUCACUCAGGACGCACCAGUCGGUCCACAGAGGGAAAAUGUUCACGUGCGAGACGUGUGGAGCGGGCUUCACCAUGCAACAAAACCUGAAGAGACACAUUCGUAUUCACACCGGUGAGAAACCGUUUAGAUGUAAAGUCUGCGGGGAGAAUUUCAUUCAGGAAAACAGGCUGAAAGUCCACAUGCUUGUUCACGGCGCCUCAAAGUCGUUCAUGUGCGACCUGUGCGGAAAGACUUUUCUUUACAACUGCCAGCUGCAGAGACACCAGAAAGCCACCCACGAUGAAAGGCACGGGCAGGUCAUCCGACGACGAACUCGCGAGCGGGGGAACCGGCGAGUUAUCUAUCGACGGGACAAAACGAUAGUAGACGUGACGCCGUUCAGCUGCAAGACCUGCCGCAAGAGCUUCGACAGCGCGAGUGUGCUGAGAAGACACGAGCUCAUUCACACAGGCCAGACGCAGUACAACUGCGACACGUGCGGGAGGUCUUUUUUCUACAAAGUGACGUUCGACUACCAUCGGCGAAUCCACUCGGGGGAACGGCCGUUCGGUUGCGACGUGUGCGGGAAGAGGUUCAUCAUCCACCAGGCUCUCAAGUCCCACCAGCUGCAGCACACUGGAGAGAAACCACAUAAAUGCGAGCAGUGCGGCAAGGCCUUCAGGCUCUACGCAAACUACCUCAGACACCUGCGGGUCCACACGGGGGAGAAGCCCUACGAGUGCGAAGUUUGUGGCGUGCGGUUCAGGCAGCUCGGACACGUGAAGUUUCACAUGCAGGUCCACACGGGAGAGAGGCCGUAUUCUUGCAGCAGCUGCGGACUCGGAUUUUCAGACUCAAGGCUGCUCAAGAAACACAAUUGUGCUGAGAAACGGCAGAAACUGUUGGGGAACGCACUCUCUACGUCCUGAAACUGAGCACCUGGCGAUAACCAUGACAACGCAGCAGUGAUUUCGUCGUAUUCUCACCUGUGGAAACUCGUAAAUGUUGUUUCCUGUCAGGACAGAACACCCACUCCUGAUACGUAUUGGGUAUCUGAAGAAAGAUUGUUUUAUAAUUUAGUCACUUGCGUUUAUUUUGAAAGUAAUUGACGGAAGUAUUCCUAUGUUUUCAUGUCUGACUUGAUGUUUUGUGGUAAUUUUAGUUCCUCUUUUGACCACUGGAGGGUAGUAAAGGACUAUGUAUUACUACAUGCACUAUUGAAAUCACUUCAGACAAAGCUCAGAAUACUCUAAUUGAUACCUCUAAAGAAUAUUGAUAAUAAAACAAGAAACUUCUUACUUCGA